AUGACAACAAUUAACAGACCAGUUCAAAUCGAAGAGUUUGUCUUAGCUAUAAGGGAGCUACCAAACGAGAGUUUGGAUGCCAUUAGAUCUCAAUUGAGUACCUCCGUCCACAGAUUGAAUGAGUCCAAUAAACUAAUGGAGUCCCUUCUUCUAAAGAUCAGGAAUAAAGAUAAAUCGUCAAGUGAAAUCGAUGAACUUGAGGAUCUCAAUACCGAGGAGAAUGAUGAUCAGAUUUACGAGGAGAGUAUAAGGGAAAACGAAAUUGUUCUUAAGAAUCAGAAAGAAAGAAUUGAACGAAUUGAACAAGAGUUACUCUCCCGUAGUACCGAACGGAAAGAGGAGCUACCUUCUGCUAGUGCAUCAGCAAAGUUUGAACUCAACACGGACAACAAUGGAAUUGAAUCUAAUGCAGCCAACAGCGUUUUUUUGUAA